UUUAGGCUUUGAAGUUUCAUUUUAAGUUCUACCGCUAAAAAUAAAGUGCUUAUCCAAAAUCAUUCUUCGGAGUUCAAUCCAUCCAUCAUCAAUGGAGAGUCUUGCUGUCGUUCCACUCACUCAGCCCUCAUUUUUCCCUUCAAAACCAAUUAAUUGGAACACAGGUUUUCCUUCUUGGCCAUGUAAGCAAAGAAGCUCCCAUGCCACCCGCUUAAACUGCCAAAAAAUGUAUGUCCCAGGAUUUGGAGAGGCAUCACCAGAGGCCAAAUCAUCCAAAAACCUCCACAAUUUCUUCAAUUACAUAGCAGUUAAGAUAGUCAGUGCACAGCUUCAGAGCUAUAACCCUGAAGCUUAUAAGGAGUUGAUGGAAUUUCUGAAUACCCACUCGUUGAAUGAUGGGGACAAGUUCUGUGCCAGCCUGAUGAGGGAAUCUUCAAGGCAUAAAAGUCUGGCCCUACGCAUCUUAGAGGUUCGAGCUGCAUACUGCAAACAUGAUUUCGAGUGGGACAAUUUGAAGCGCUUAGCAUUCAAGAUGGUGGAGGAAUCCAACACAAAACUCAUGAGGGAAUAUGUUUUAGAAACUAGUCGUGCAACCGAAAAAGAAACCGGCAAGUGAUCCCACUCUCAACCCCAGCUCACCGAUGCCUUUUUGGAUGGUUCCGAUUAGUAAUAAUCAGAUAGAUCAUAUACAGAACGAAAUUAUUGUGGUGUACCCAGUACUGGUGUAUCCUCGUUGUACUGGAAUAUAUAGAAGAUAUAGAAAACAUUAAAAAAAGUAAAAUAUAGAAGCAUUAUUGAAAGGUUUAGAACCUUUAUACCCAGUGAUAUUUUUUAAGGCCAAAUUUAUCAACU